CUAAGAUGGCGGGCAAGAAAACACGAUUCAGUUAGUUUCCAUGAAUUCUUUGGUUAUUCUGCUCCAUUUUAAGAUUACUAAGAAAGAAUUCAGGCUGGUAAGGAAAUUACACAACAACUGGGUUUAACUUUUACUUUGAAAGUCAAUGAUAUGAACAAGAUAAUCUGUAAAAGUUAUGGCAAUACAGGGGAAAGAUUUCUGAUCGAUGGCUCGCAUGUGGACUUGAUCUGGAGACUGUCUAGUUUUUGUUUUGUUUUCCGAUCAAAUUUAAUCAAGUUAUGAUAUAGCUUUUAAACAAGGAAGAGCUAUAAAUAGGUGGAGGUUGAUGGUGCACGGGCGGCAAAACACCGGUAAAAGAGGGUGGGACAUAGGAUGAAAAUUAGGAUGCAAUCGUUCAGAUCCUGAUUGAUAGUAGGUUUAAUAAUGCUUGAGGAAUCUUAGCUUAUUUCAAAUUGGUUAUGAGAGUACGAGACAAAUGCACACUGAAGACUAGCAAGUAAAUGAGGUAAACAAUGCUGUGAAGUCCUCUCAAAACUAUUCAGGGGUACCCAACGAGAAUAUAGUUCAAAACCACUUAAACAUAGCAUUGUUAAACGUUUUUGAGUAUUUAAACGGUAGAUAUAAGCAUAUUUUCAUCCUCUGAAAAUUUUUCAUCUGUUCGGAUUUCCUUGCUAAAAGUCUAGUGAUCCGAAAAUUAUAGGGAUCAAAACUUACCUUUUCGAAAAUCUCAGCCAGAAAAAAGGCUCCCAAAAAUUCUAGGUGACCCUUUUAGCGUAAAAAUCCGUUAAAAAUGGGCAAUUAUACCAUUUUUUAGAUGUUUGAAAAUCCUAGGACACUAGGCAAGCAAGAAAUUUUACGACAAAUGUUCCGAAAAUUCUAGAUCUCAAAUUGUCUUCCAAACAGAUAUUUUCCGAAAAUUGACGUUGGGUGCCCCUGACUAUUCUUAUUCAUAACCUUUAAGGCUAUUUAAAUUCUUGGAAUAGCUUUGAUUUCACAAGAAUUUUUACCUAGAAGCUUAGCCCACCAGUCUGCAUAUCUGGGUGUACAUAAGUACAGUCUGUAUUUGUCGCAGGUUGUUUUUUGAAUGGGCAUUUACAUGUAGGUCAAACAAAUUUGUGUCAAAAAUUUAUCAAGAAAAAAGGUUCUGAGAAUUGAUGAAGUUGUUAUCAAAGGGAAAAUGCUUUGAUCUGUUAUCCAUUUCUCACAAGUAAUUCUUCAUGAAAAUGUAUGUAGAUGGAUCUGGAGAAUUUGUAUGUAGAUGUUGGGGGCUUAUAGGGUUAAAAUUAUGUGCGAACAUCAUUUAGGUUGGGUCAUUUCACCAUGUUAUCAAGUCUGGAUGCAGUGCACAUCUCAGCCGUGUUAGAGGACUGUGUAGAUCAGUUGGCAAUCCUUGGUCAUAUCAUGCCAAACUCCCUAGAGGGGAGGCCUGAAGCUGCACAGAUUGUGGACGAUGAGUUGGGACAAAUUCUACAAGACCAAAGGUUCCUUGAGUCUAGAUAUGAAAUGGUAAGAUAAGUGGCACACUCAAGUUGAUUCCGCUGUGGAAAAAAUAAUUCUACUUUCCUUUCAAGAUUUCAGGAUAAAAUCAGUUCUAUUGUCCAGUAAAUUUUUUCAAUGGAAACUAUUAGCAGGUUAAUACACUUUUUGAAAAUAAAAAUGCCAGAUUUGAAAGUUCCAAAAAAAAAAAAAGAGAUAUUAUGAGAUAUUAAAAAUUGUCUUCCUUAUUGCUUUAUUUCCCUUUCAACUUCUUGCCGUUCUCCCAAAGUCCCUCGUGAGAUCCUGUGAUUUAGCUUGUUAUAGGAAAUUAACGCUCCAUGAAAUUAAGGUAUUGGAAAUUAACGUGACUUAAAUUAACGCGAAUUUAAUUGAAAACGACUUUUGAAUAAAGAAAAUUAACACAAAAAAGGAGGUAGAAUUUCAUAAUAAAGGAAAUUAACGCGAUUAAGACACAGUUGGUCAAAGGAGAAGACAUUGACAUCACUUCUGACGGCGACAACGAUGAAGAUGAACUCGAAAUAUUGUAAACCUUUGCCUUAGCUUUUGUGAAAGAUGAAAAAUAAAGGGUAAAUGGAAAGAAAGAAAGCUUGUAGUUAAUGUUUUUUAGGUGUCAAGAAUGUCUGGACAGGUUGCAAAAUUGGGGUUAAAAUACUGGAAAUUAAGAGCGCGGAAACUAACACUGCACUUAAUUAACAUCACGGAAAUUAACGCUCAACAAAAUGAACGCGACUUAAAUUAACGCAAAUUUUAACGAUUCGCAUUAAUUUCGUGGAGCAUUAAUUUCCUAUAAUAAGGUACACAUUUCUUGUAAUUAGUUAUUUUAAACUUUAAUUUUUAUAAUGUGAGAUGUAUAUUUUUAUUGUAGCUAAUGGCAAAUAAAGAUGAUCCCAGUUCUACCAACAAGAGUCAAUUAAGGGUGGUGGAUGAUGGACAGAUACAGUCUGUAGCUAAAUCACUCCGAGAGAGUACAAAUGGUACGAUUGUCGGUAGCUGUAAAUAUUCCAAAGCUGUGGAUAGUAUUUUCUUUGUGUUCUGGCUGACAGCUCUAUUCAUUUUGACUGAUUACAUGCCAUUCACCUGAAACCUCAAUGUUCCUCGUUUUAUCACCAUGUUCAGCUGAAUUUUAUAGAUUUCCAGCUCCCAAACACACUCCUAAAAUGCAGCCUAUACGUUACCAAAUAAUGCAACCAAUUCUUAUAAUAUCUUAGUACAGCUAAAGUUGCUAAUUAGACUUUUUUCUUCUUUCUUUAAUGCCUGAACAGCCCUAAACAGAAGUUUCAGACAAAAUCCAUUGACAAGUGACAGCCUCUCAAAAAUUCAAGCAGACAGGUACUGAACAUAAUUUUUCCAGUUAUUUAAAACAGUGAAAAAAGGCCCCAAGUGACUCAGUAUCUAAUACCAAAUUCUACUUUUGAUUAUACAAGGUAACUGGAAGGAGAAUCUAGCAUUUUAUCAGAAGGCAAUAGGGCUUUAUAAUUAUUGCAGGCACCCCUUUCAACAUUAUUUAAUGUAAGUUUAAGUUUUAAGAAAAAAGGGGUCUCAACAAACUUUUUGAUUCCCUGCCUAACUUUUUCAUUUGUUCAAGGUAAGACUAAGUAGACUAACUGGAAAGUUUCACUGCAAUUAGAGCUAAAGUAUGUGCCACCAAAUCACAAAUUUUUUAUCAACUGGUAUAAAUUGUUGCAGAUACCCCUUUGGGUUUGUAGUAAAUAUUGUGUGAAAGUAAUUUACAUGUAGGUUACUUUUAUAAAACUAUAAUUUAACCUGCACAGAAAAUUUCUUCAAGACAUAAUGGAAGAAACCUUGGAUGAAGUUGUCUCUAGCAAAUCAUUUGAUGCCCUUCUUAGAGCUGUUAACACAGAGAAAGAAAAGAAAGCUGGUCUUCAACAAACCAUACUCAAGUAAGUUGAUAUUGAUAUUUUAUAAAUGGUUAGUGAGCCACUGAUUUAGAUUAUCUGAAAAUAAUAUUAUUUUACUUUGGAGGGAGGACACAACUGCCCCAGGUAGGCACUGGGAAAGCUACCACUCUGGACACCCUCUGCACUUUUUGAGUUCAAGUUAUUAUUACAGAUGAGAAGAGGAGCCCUCAAUCAUAAUUUCUAGGUUGCUAUGAUAAAUUCACGGCAAGACUAGUAUAUAGCCAGCUUUGGUUGGACUUCCACUAAGAAUGAAUGGAAUGCAAAGAAUGCAAGCUGAUCGUGCUUGUUUGGACCUUCUAUCUUUCAUGUGAAACUUACACAAAGCACAGAGUUGGAGCAAAAGGGUUCGGACAUGCGAUUGUUGUCCUCAGCACUCUUGAUUAUAUUUACAAGGUUUUAUUAUUCAUGAUUAUUGAGUGGUGAUGGGUGAAAACAGUUUUCUCUAGAAGCAUUAUUCAAAGAAGAAGAGUGGGUAGUGCUCUUACUGACUAUAAAGUUCAUUUGUAUGGACAUGAUUUCCAUUGUGUCCUUUAUGUAGGGAGGAAGAGAGUCGCAGACUUGUGAAGAGUCUACAAAGACAACUUAUAGAAGUAAAAAGAGAAAAAGAGAGUGAAAUUCAGGUAAGUCAAGUUUACUUACAAUACACACCCCAAAUGUACAUUCACACUAUUACAUUCAAAACUAAUGAAAUUUAUUUAAUAAAUAUUAAGUUAAAUAAUAAAAACCAAUAAAUAAAUAAAAUAGAAUAAGUGAAGUAAAUAAUAAUUCUAGCAAAGUGAGGCUCAAAGGACCGAGUUAAUGCAAGGUAAAGAAAUUUUUUGGAAACUUGUGUCAUGUGUGGAUGUGACGCCUGAUCAGACCACCCACCAGAAUAGAAAACUGACAAAAUGAAUGGCAAAUGCUAGCUCUUUUUAGCUCAGAUGAUUGCAUCAUUGAGCUGGUAGCAACAUUGAGCUGAUAGCCUGCACCGCACACAUGAGCAAAAUUUGUUUUGCUCAGUUGUUAUGGAGUGUGCAGGGGGAAACACACAAGGGCAAGUCCUCAAAAUUACUCCCCUUGCUCCGAAAAAACUGGCGCCUGCUACACAGGCUAUUGAGCUGGUUGCCCUAUCUAUUUAUCACUUGUUGUCUGAUUUGAGUGGAUAGUGAUGAAUCCACAUUGAGCCUGUUUGGAAACAGGUUGGGGACAAAUAAAUCCUGGUGGUGUACGUGGUCUGUCUGUCUUCAGUGAGUUGUAUAAUAGAGAGGGAAUGGUGAGCCCACAGUGCAUGGUUUGUACCAGCUGCAAUGGUGUCUCUGCCAUCUCCUAGGCAGUGAAGGCCAAGGUCAAAAGUCAAACUUCAUGUGUGAUGGACCUAAUGCUAUUAGCCUAUGAGCAAGCUGUCCCUCUGGGGGAGUGAUGAGAAGUCACACAGAGCAACAAGCGAAAGGAUACACCCCUCGCAGCUUGCUCUGCUUGCCCUAAUAGGAGAGCUUUCUCACAUGCUAGAAAAACUGAAAAAAGAAGAUUUUGCUCAUGAGCGUGAAGUUCGUCACAUGUUAUGAUCCAGACAUAAGUAGCAAGAAGAAUUAAUAUUUUAAAAGCACAGGUGACCCAAGCUGGACAUAUGACCAUCACACAACUUAAACUUUUUAUCUAAAUCUUUUCAUAUUUGUAGGCUACAGAAACAAUCGUUUUUUCACUGUGCAAACCCUUGUAUUUUGAACGGUAUGCAUCAGUGCUGAUGAUGAUAUUCCGCGCUUGGGCCAUCUGUGUUUAAAGCAGCAAAUAUAAUAAAACAAGGAAAGGAAGAUGCGGUACUGGCCAUGUCACAAACGUGGGUUGGAGACUUGCAUUUUUCUCUGCCCUAAGCCUUUGAAAUGAUGUUUUAACUAAUUUUUUUAAUCACGUUGCAGCAACGAAAUGAAAUGAUUGCUCACCUCAAGGAUCAGCUUCAAGAAAUGAAAGCUAAAACCAGCAUGGAAGGAAAAUACAUCAAGAAAGAUGCAGAGGUAUUGUUAAAGUGGGCUGAAGUCAUUAUUGGGUGUAUUUACCCAUAAACAAAAUGCUCCUGUAGAAUUAGGAAUGAGGUAUCAAAAACUGCCCACCUACCCCUCCCUUAAGCCAACUUAAACAUUUACUUUUCACUUAGGGCCAAUUGUUGACUCAGGGGAGGGGUAGUCCAAAUUGUGGUGAUUUUUCAGGCAUGUCUUAAAUAACAAAAUUGGACCAUUCACGGUUUGGAAUUCAGUUGAUAACAAAAACGACAGCAAAAAGUUGGGGGGUCUAAACACAGGCUUAACACUGAACAAAGUUGUGGUUUCUUGGUUUGGAAUUCAGUUGCCUAACAAAAAAAAGGUUUUAGCUUUGUCCAAAGACUAAAUUGAAAAUACCCCUUUAAAGGAAUAAACGUUUGCCGCAAUGCCAGCCAUGCUGUUUUGGGACCGAUGGACCAUUUACAUUCUUUAAAAGAAUUGUCUUCAAGCUUUUUAUAAUGAAUAGCUUUUUUAAAUAGUGUACUUUCUGUAUUCGAUUUUUGUAUUUCUUUCUAUGUAUAUACUAAUCUUAUUUAGAGACAUACUUUAGCCCAUUAACAUUGUUAUAUUUAAAUGUAACAUAAGAUAUGUAAUUUUAUCUUUUGAACAAUAAAGACACUUUAUUUUUUAUUUAUUUUAUUUAUUACUAAGAAAAGUGUGCUGCUUGUUUACCCGGGCGAUUUUUCGUGCGACUUUUGCGGCGAUUUCUUGGCGAUAUUCCUCUCUUUAUGCGGCUGCUACUUCUUGCAAAGAUUGCGGAAAAGCUGUGAUAAAUUUUAACGUUGUGCGAAAUAGGAAAAAAUCAACAACAAGUAAACAAACUAAAACAAAAAAAUGUAGGUGGAAAAGUUUUAAACGUACUAAGGUCGUGGAAUGUGCAAUGCUGGGAUAUUUCAUUUUGGUUUCCCCCCUGUCUUUAGGUUCGUGUCAGCUGUACGCAAAAGCGAUGCCAACAAGGAGAAAAUACGUUGAAGGAAGAUCUUGAGGUGAGUUUGGGGGGUGGGUACACUUUAGAUGGGUAAGAGUAGGAACUUAAGCAACGACGAGGGCGACGGCAGCGAAAACGUCAUUAAAAAAACUUCGCCUUUUCAGACUUUGUCGUGAUUAUUCCAAUUCGCUUUAACUGUCAAAUGUGGGUGUAUUUCCCUGGAAUUGAAUACUUGGGACGAUCUUACUCAGGUUUUAAAGGUGAGAGAAAAAUUCCUCCAUAAAACGACGCAUAAGGGAACCUCACGUCUUAGGUCGUGCAGCUGGUCGGCAAAGGAAUGUACUAGAAAUGUUCUGUUGCUUGUUGCGACGUUUAAGUAUACAGGUUCGGUUCUUAAAGCUCGUUAUUGCUUCUGCUGUAGCGACGUUUUAGUAGGGUUUCUUACAUAUGUAGUCAAGGGUUCCUCUGAUUCCAAUCCUCUGAUCUUGAUCAUGUCGCUGUUCUUGUUGCAGACGUUGCGCUAUAAAAUAGAAGAAGAAGUGCGGGUUAAUGCGGAGAUCGAAACAUACUUACGACAGCAUCACCAGGUAAGAGGAGCCAUGUUUCACAAGCUCACCUCAGCGCAUUAGUAUACGGAUAUAAAUAAGGGACAACUAACACAUCACUUGGGUUUUACUAGUUUCGCCUGUAUUAAAACUAAAUCAUAUGGCAAAUGUUGUUAUAUCUUAAUUCUUGUAGAUAUUGGAGGAAAAAGUUGAAUAUUGGAUGGAAAAAUACGACCGCGAUGUGGAACAAAAACAGCACGAGCUAGAUGUUUUGAAGGUUUGUAUCUCGUGUUUUAUGCUUGUGUCAAAACGGAGCGUGCGCGCCGGUGGGAGUAUUAUUACUGAAGGGAGCGCCACUCUCUACCCCCUCCCCCCCCCCAUUGAGACCCAAUGGGGGUGCCCCAAGCCUCUUUCGCAAAGCUAGGCGAAAUGCGAAGCCAUUGAUAUGAAAAUGAGUUUUUAUUCUCAUACAAAUAUAACUCAUUUUCCCCAAACACUCGGAACUCGGAAAUGGCCAAUUGGUGGCGUUCCUUUUAGCUUAUAUGGAGAGUUAGUGCUACCGAGAACAGUGUGCUAGCAUCUAAAAUAGAUUUUAA